AUGAACACCAGGGAAGUACCAGCACUCACUCGACUAGCAGCGCGAAGUCUAGUGAAACAUGACGCUUUGGACACUCAUGUCCUACAGGAGCUGCCUGUGGAGUUGUUCCCACCACUAUUCAUGGAGGCCUAUGACAAUAAGCACUCUAGGAGCCUGAAGAUUUUGGUGCAGAACUGGCCCUUCAGCCGCCUCCCUCUCGGGGCUCUGAUGAAGACGGUACAAGUGAAACCCAUCCAUGAUUCACUGCUUGGGUUGGAUGAACUAAAUUUAGACAAUAACUACCCCAAGAGAUUGAAACUUCGAGUGCUCGAUUUGGGAACUCGGCCUCAGAACUUCUGGGAUGUAUGGUCUGGACACACAGACGAUGCCUACUUACCAGAAGCCAGGGAUGUCAGGGCAAUCAUAGCACACAAUCGAAAGAGCCGUGCAAAACCUCCCUUCCAGGUGUGGGAUGAGGUAUGCCUUCAGGACCAACAGGAUUUCUCAGAGAAUGCCUCCGUCUUUCAGUGGGUCAGACGGAAAUCGUAUUUGGGAAAGGUGGGUUGUCCAAGACUGCAUGUGACAACUUUUCCUGUGUUCCUGUUGAAGCAAAUAUUGAACGACUCGGACCUGAAUACAGUACUGGAACUGAAAGUGCACUGUACUGAAAAUGAGCCCACCGUAGAUACUAUUUUUGCUGCUGUGGGCCAGAUGAGAAACCUUCAGGAACUGUUGUUCUACAGAAUCAGUGAUCCUGGCGUCCUGCUGGGUAGAGAAAAUGUUGCUUUAGAAUUGUGCAAAAAAAUGAAGAAGCUGACCUUCCUCCGUAAGAUCUAUCUAAGCAAUGUCUUCUUCCUGAAAGACAACCUUGGCAAAAUCUGCAGGUCCCUAAAUGCCUCUUUGGAGACGCUGUCAAUAUCCGAGUGUGAGCUUACAGAAUCAGACUGGAAAGACUUGGAUUUGCACUUAAAAACCAGGAAGCUAAAGACCCUGUGCCUGUGUUCUGUCAAUCUGUCCAGUUUUAGUUUUAUUCCCUUACAAGCUCUGCUAAAACGAGUUUCUGGCACUCUUACAAACUUCAAGUUGGAGGAGUGUAAGAUUACAGAUUCCCACAUCAAUGAUCUUCUGCCUAUCCUGAGCCACUGCCAGCAGCUCACCACCAUCAGCUUCUACGGGAACACCUUCUCCACAACCAUCCUGAAGGACAUACUUUUGAAAACCGCUAGUAUGAGACAAUUAAACCUGGAGCGGUACCCUGCCCCACAGGAGAGCUAUUACACAGGUGGUGCUUUCAACAUGAACACCAUUGCCCAACUUUUUCCUCAGCUCAGGCAGCAUUUAAGAGCUAUAAGGCAGCCGAAGGAAGCCUUACUGUAUACUAAACAAUGCAUACACUGUGGGAAAGAAUUAAUCUAUCAUCUGUAG